AUGGGUGUGGCGGACUUGUACGCGUUGACUGCUUUCAAACUCAACCACGACGCGCAGAUGCCGCGAGUUACUAGGCCAACAAAGGCUCGCGCCAAAUCAGAGUCAUCAGAGGAGAGUACAGAUGUCGAAGCGACACCAAAACCAAAGAAAUCAGCCCCCCCAAACGCACGAUUGAAGCGUCGAGUGAGCCAGUUUCAGCCAAACGACGAAGACAGCGAACAGCGUAUUCCACUCAAAGCUUUCAAUGACGAACUCGCAGAGAAACGAACAUUGAAGCGCAGAAAGAGCUCGCGAAUGACUAUGGCGUUUGAGCCGCUCGACGACUCGCAGGACGCUCCAGAGGGUCAAAACGACGCGUCUCAGUCUCAGGAAGGAGUUACCGCACCUAGAAAGACUGCUCUUGCGCGUGCCAACCCGCUCAAAUCAGUCGUAGCACCUGGUCCUAUGGUUCCGGUACCACUUGAGAUCAUGACCUCCAACUUUGAGGAAUGGAUGAAGAUGGCGACCGACAAUAAAAUCAAUGCCAACAAUUCAUGGAGCUUUGCUCUCAUUGAUUAUUUUCACGACAUGUCGUUAUUGAGAAAUGAUAGCGACAAUUCGAUCAAUUUCCAAAAGGCCUCGCGCACGCUUGAUGGUUGUGUCAAGAUUUGGACCAGCCGUGUAGACUCGGUGGGCACAGACACAGGCAAACUUCUGAGCAACCUUGCUGCUGAAGGACGUGCUGGAGCUGGCGAGGAUGAAGAAAAUGAAGAAGGUGGAGAGGGUGGAGAGGCUGCAAAGAAGAGAAAAGUCAAUCGUCAAGAAGCCACACUUGCCAAGAGUGCAGCUCAAUUGCAAACCAAAAAGCUAGACCUCGAGUUCACAAUCGACCCCCUAUUCAAAAAGACGAGUGGUGACUUUGACGAGGGAGGCGCCCAAGGACUGCUGAUGAACCACCUCGCGGUUGACAGUAGUCUCCGCGUAAUCUUCGAUGCUAUGGAUACACCCGGAGGCGCGGAGGAGGUUGAAGAUGAGGAGGUGAUCAGCCUACAAGUCUCAUUGGCUGAUCUCAGAGCCAAGUUGGAUUACCCUAGUCUUUCUCACCGAACACUCCUUUCGGACCGCCUCUCUGACUUCAAGUUCUCUGCAAACGUCGCUGCUGAGCAAGCUAUGAGAAGAAAGUCCAUUAAUAAAGAUGAGGAUCUCGACUCGGAAGACGAGGCCGCCUUCCAGGAGCCUGCUCAGCCAUACGCGGAGGAGAUGGACGUGGUAAAUCCGGAUGAUGCAGGAGAUGCCCCAGAGGCCCAGGACUUCUUUGCUGGCGAUGAAGGUGGUGACGGUGAGGAUUUCGGUACAUUCGGGAUGGAUGUGCAAGGUCCCGAUGAUGACGAUAUCGGUGCCGAGGGUGCGGAGGAAAUGGAGGGGAAUCAAAGACCUGGAAGCGGUGUUCCCGGAGUUGUACCAUUCGAUCCCAGAAGAGCUCCAGAUCAUCGAGAGCUAGUGCUAGCCAUGACCGAGGAGGGUGGCGCCAGCAUGAUGGACUACUUUGAUUCCAACAUCAUCAAGAACUGGGCUGGUCCGGAGCAUUGGAAACUGCGAAAAGUGAUUCGAAAACCUGAGAAGUCUGAUCAGCCUGCAGCACCGAAGCAACGAAAAGAAAAGGUGCCAUUCUCAAUCGACUUCUCAAAGAGAUUACCGUCAGACAUCGAGAAGAAGCUCUUCGAACCCCCAGCUAAAGGCUCACUCACCUUGCCUGCCAAACAAUGUGCAUUUACUUUAGGCAAGAAGAAGAAAGGAGCACAAGAGAAGCGAGAGGAAAAACUAUUGCCGGAUGACAUGCACUUUUCGAGCAGGCAACUUCUUUCGCUCUUCCUGAAGCCCAAGUUUAUGGUCAACGUUCGAGGGGGACGAGCUCGGUUGCGACCCGAACAUAAUGAUGAGAUUGACGAGAACUUUUGGGCUAGAGCUGCUGCUGAAGCAGAUAUGCCUCCAGACGAGGGCGAUCAAGGGGAUGAUGGAACUGGCAUGCCAUUUGCGACACAAUUCUUCAACGACGAUGACGAUGAUGGUGGUGGAGGUUUCGAAGACAAUUUCGGUGGCGAUGGCGGCGAUGCGGCUGGUUUGGACGAGGACGCUGAACUCCAGGCAGCAACUCAGGGUCAAAUUCGACGUGUGCGCCCCGAGUUCGUCAAUUAUGCCAAGAAGGUCUUGACAUCGUUCUUCCCAAGACUGAGGAAGAAGACGACGCAAGAGGUCGAACUCAGCCCUUCAAAGAAACCAACAGACCCCAACGAGGCGAAGAGCUUUACUUCUGUCAUCUCGGGACUACGGAAGACAUACCCGAAAGAAAAGAUGGAGGAGAUCAGCACCUCAUUCUGCUUUAUAUGUCUUUUGCAUCUCGCAAACGAACGUGGGCUCAAGAUUGAGGGCGAGGAUGACGGUGGACUUGGGGCAAAGAUGAGCAAUCUUCGGCUGUCGAAUAGUUCUGCGCGACGCAUGAUGGAAGAAGAUGACCCAGACUAUGAAGACCCAGAGAUUGUGGAAGCCAGAGUAGGCGACAUUUGGGGAUUGCGGAUAUAUCGAGACCCAGACGCAAUACCAUCAGCAUAG